GAUUUAUCCCUGUCUAAGGGGUGUUACGCAUGCGCUUUUAGUGUUCACUAGAACACAUGCGUUUUGCUCAGAGCUGCGUCAAAUCGCCGGGAUCACUAAAGGGAGAAGCGGAUGUAGAGUAGGAUUCCCUCCAGAAUAAAGGUUACCUCGCAAGUAGUAGUUUAUAUUACGUACAACUAAAAAGUAAGAAUAGACCCAAUCAACUCUGGCUUAUUUUAUAUCUUCAAAAAACAGUGCACAGGGAACAGCCAUAACAUGGCAACAAUUUACAUGUAAGCGGAGAGAACGUGUGGUCUAUUUUAUUGUGGGACACUGUGUUAACCACAGACCCACUGUGUGAACAGAUCAAACGUAUUAUUGUCAUAGAUAACAACACGUAAUUGUGACAGCAUUUUAGGAGUCCUUAACGAAGGGUAGCGUUGAAGUUUUAUUUUGACACUCUCCCCGGAAAUUAACCGCAGACUCUCGCUAACUCUACGCCGCUCUCAGCCACUCCGCUGCUUCGGAACCGUUCGUUAAGCAUCAGAGCUGAUCCUCCUCCUGCGUGUAUGCGAGAGAGUGUAUGUGUGUGUGGAAGGCGUGCAGCAGCGGGCUCUGUGUUGUGUUUGUCACACAUUCACCGCCUGCGUUUCAUAGACACGUUGCAGGACAAGGAGCUGCACAGUGCAGAGCCAGCAUGGGUUAGAAGGAGACGGCAACCCAUGGCUUGUCCACUCUGCACACUUGAUCGAGGAUGAUGGGGACAAAAAUGGACUUGUUUUCACAGAGACAUCCUGACAAAGACGGAGACUGAGGGGGAGCAGAGACCGGGAUCCGCUGUUUCUUUCUCUCUGUCUCCCUCCGCGUCUACUUCUGUCCCCCUUUCCAUUUUGUUUUCUUCUUGUUUUUUUUUCUUCUUUUUUUUUUAAUUUUUCCUAUUUUUUGUUUGUACUCUCCGGCUGUGAGCGACACAGAGAUGUUUGCUGAACUGCUUUGCGGCGCCGUGGCUCUGGUCCUGUAUGUCAACACUCUGGGCGCAGAUUUCUGCUACGAUGACAGUCGUGCAAUCAAGACCAAUCAGGACCUUCUCCCAGAGACUCCGUGGACAAAUAUCUUCUACGAUGACUUCUGGGGGACGUUGCUCACGCACAGCGGCAGUCACAAGUCUUUUCGGCCUCUGUGCACCCUCUCCUUCCGUCUCAACUAUGCUGUGGGAGGCCUGGAGCCCUUGGGUUACCACCUGGUGAAUGCAGCCUUCCACGGGGCUGUGACCGUCUUGUUCACCUCGUUGGCACGUCUGCUGCUCGGAGGAGGCCUGUGGAGCCUGCUGGCUGGCCUGCUUUUCGCUUCUCACCCCAUCCACACAGAGGCAGUGGCAGGAGUGGUGGGCCGGGCAGAUGAAGGGGCCGCUCUGUUCUUUCUGCUGUCUCUACUCUCUUAUAUACAUCACUGUAGACUGAGAGGACACACUGGGUCGUGGCGGGUCACGGCCUGGUUCAUCUGCAGCCUGGGCUGCGCUGCGUGCAGCAUGCUGUGGAAGGAGCUGGGGGUCACGGUCCUGGCUGUGUCGGCGCUGUAUGACAUCUGCGUUUUCCACAGACUGAAAUUACAGCAGGUCAUCGAGCUCCUUUACAAGAGGAAAAACUUCCAGCUGCUGUUAAAUGUGUUUUUGCUGGCAGCGUGGGGAGUCGUACUGUUAGCCUGCCGCUUCUACUGGAUGGGCAACAAACCACCAAACUUUUCCAACUCUGACAAUCCAGCGGCCGACUCGUCCUCACUCCUCACCAGGACACUCACCUUCUUCUACUUGCCUGUCAUCAACUACUGGCUCCUCCUCUGUCCGGACAUGCUCAGUUUUGAUUGGUCAAUGGAUGCUUUGCCGUUAAUAAGAAGCAUCUCUGAUAGGAGGAACAUUUCUACCGUAGUGUUCUACCUUGGUCUACUGACGUUGGCCUGGUUUGGACUGUGGACCCGCCACACAGCCAAGGGCAAGGAAACAAAUGGCAAAGUCCACCACCACACCAACGGCAAAAAUGGAAACAGUAACGGACACGUUUACCAGUAUAGCAAUCAUGAACAUUUCAACAACUCCCACUGUGGUGUUGAAAGUGUUAGUGCUCAAAAUGGUACCAGAAAGCACUUUGAGAGCAGGACUCCACUGCCCACCACAGAGAAUGUUGUGGUGUUCUCUUUAGGCCUCCUGUCCAUUCCAUUUCUUCCUGCCACAAACCUCUUUUUCUAUGUGGGCUUUGUGAUAGCAGAGAGAGUUCUAUACAUCCCCAGCAUGGGCUUCUGCCUGCUGGUCGCAGUGGGGAUGAGGUCACUGUACGUUCGACUGAGGCACCGGCCUCUAAGGACAACGUUGGUGUACUGUUGCACCGUCCUGGUUCUUCUCUUUAGUGUCAAAACUGUUUUAAGGAACAGAGACUGGCAGAAUGAGGAGAUGCUUUACAAGUCGGGGAUUUAUGUCAAUCCGGCUAAAGCAUGGGGUAACCUCGGAAAUGUGCUGAAGAGCCAGGGCAAGAUGGAGGAGGCUGAAAAGGCUUACAGAAACGCCCUGUAUUAUCGCAGCAACAUGGCGGAUAUGCUGUACAACCUUGGUUUGCUGCUGCAGGAGAGCAACAAGUUCGCUGAGGCACUACACUACUAUAAGCUUGCCAUUGGUAGUCGGCCAACUCUGGCUUCGGCCUACUUGAAUACCGGCAUCAUCUUGAUGAACCAGGGUCGCUCAGAUGAAGCCAAGCGCACCUUUCUAACAUGUGCUGAUAUCCCCGAUGAGAAUCUGAAGGACCCCCACGCCCACAAGAGCUCAGUCACCAGCUGUUUGUACAACAUGGGAAAGAUGCUCCACGAACAGGGACAUCAGGAGGAGGCCCUCUCCGUGUUUAAGGAAGCAAUACAGAAAAUGCCAAGACAAUUUGCACCACAGAGCCUUUACAACAUGAUGGGAGAGGCUUACAUCAGACUAAACAAGCUGACUGAAGCAGAACAUUGGUACAGAGAGUCGCUGAGAGCCAAGCCUGACCACAUCCCUGCGCACCUCACCUACGGCAAACUGUUGGCUAUGACGGGGCAGAAAACAGAAGCGGAGAAGUAUUUUUUGAAAGCCAUCCAACUUGACCCGACAAAGGGCAACUGUUACAUGCAUUAUGGCCAGUUUUUGUUGGAAGAGUCACGGCUGCAGGAAGCGGCAGAGAUGGCGGAGAAAGCUGCACGCCUCGACGGCGGCGAGUUUGAUGUGGUCUUCAGUGCUGCUCAUAUGCUUAGACAAGCCAGUCUGAAUGAGGCAGCGGAGAAGUACUAUGGACGAGCGGCGAGCCUCAGACCCAAUUAUCCUGCAGCUCUGAUGAACCUGGGCGCGAUCCUACACCUCAAUGGAAAGCUACAAGAAGCCGAAGCCAAUUACCUUAAAGCGCUCCAGCUGAAACCUGAUGACACCAUCACCCAGUCCAACUUGCGUAAGCUGUGGAAUAUUAUGGAGAAGCAAGGCCUGAGGACCACGAACCCCUGAAACCCUCACUCUCUGCCUACAGUACUUCCCCAGUACCCAUCGUUAGUACUGUUACCUACCAAGAGUACUGUUACCAGACCUGGAGGUAAAGGAUGACUCCUCAUACAUGAUGCCAUCCAGAGCUAGAGGAGUCCUUUAUAAGAUGUUUGCUCAUAAGGAGCUGUGACUGUGCCCAACCUAAUGACUCCUAACUCUGCGUACACCUCAGGCCAGAAGAAUUUCCCAGAAACACGGCUCACAGUUUGGCCCCAAAAACACAGUAUUUGGACCGUUUGAACUUUCUUUAAAAUAACCAUUCCCACAGGAACCAUUUUUCUUUUUGUUUUUUUUCUAACCACAUAAUUUGAAGGAGAAGUGACACCUUUAGUAUUUCUGUCAACACCAGUGAUGAAUUGAGAUCCUUAAAUAAGCAGUAAUAAUCCAAAAGGCUGAAAUGUUCCCCCAAGGAGCUGGAGCUAUUAAUACAUUAUCGUAGUACUCAGAGAAUACAAGUCAUUUUUUAUCAAAGGCAAAUACUUCGUAAAAGUCUUCAUUAAAAAAAUAAAUUAUACAAACAAAACCGGCAAUUUGUAAACAUAUUUGUAGCAACUGUUUGGGCAUUGAGCGAAACAAAUUUAAAGUCAUUUUAAUUUAGAAUAAAUGCAUAAAUAAACUUUUUUAUGGUAACACCAGAUGAAGCCCACUCAGCAUAGUAGCCUUCUGAAGCUACAGUAUAUCUUCCCAUGGAAGUCACAGGCAGUGCGGCAGGUACACAGUGGUACUAUAAUGUACUUUGUCUGAACCUGUGAGGCUGAUACAGAUGAUUUCUUUCCUAACCAAAAAUAAAUGCUAUGCUAUUAAAACUAAAUGGUCAUUGGCUAGCAUGGACACAGCCCACUGGAGGGAGUUGUUCGCUGGGCUAAUUUCAUAUGUCAACUUUUGUAUGAUACAUUUCUAAUAUAUAUCUGGUUGUAUGUGGUAUUCAGAAACAACAUGCAGCCAAAUUGUAGCCAGAGAGAGGUCAAAGGUCAGGUUUUGUUGUCAACCUUUAACUUCAGACCUUCACUCCAAAGGGUCUCACGUUGUAGAUAUCGUGUUAUUAACACCCGUCUGUCUGCUGUUGUU